AUGUCGUCCAACCACAGCAUCGGCAACCGCAACAGCACCCCCGAUGCCUCGAGCUCGACUCUGCGCCCCCCGUCCUCUCGCGGCAUGAACCCUGGCCAUCACCUGCGCGCCUCGGCCGACAUGGGCGCCUUCUCGACCUCGUCCCCGCUGGCAUCGCGCGGCAUCCGCCCCGCCAGCGAGAUCUACUUCAGCGGCGUCGGUAUCGGCAGCCAGGACGAUGCUGCCGACAAGGCCGCCCAGCAGUGGAUCGCCGACAUCGACCAGUACGAGACGACUCUCGAGGACAUGGCCGCCGCUACAUUGGACCAAGACUUCAAGGACGAGCUCAGCGCUAUUGAGCAGUGGUUCCGCGUGCUCAGCGAGCCCGAGCGCACCGCUGCUCUCUACGCUCUGCUGCAACAGACAACCCAGGUGCAGAUUCGCUUCUUCAUCCAAGUCCUGCAGCAGAUGGCCAAGAGCCACCCCAUGUCGGGUGUUCUGUCCCCUGCCAACUUUGGCGAGAAGGAUCCCAUGUCGACUCGCCUAAACGACGCCAUGAACAGACUCAACAUGGAGGGCACGAGAGCAUCUUUCGGGUUCGGCGCUAAGCCCCCACCUUCGCCUGGGGCCAAGCGCAACUCAGGACUCGACCCGAGCACCAUCAACUCCCUCUUCCCAGAUGCUGCAGCCGCCAUUGCAAAGCAAAAGGCCGAUUUCAAGGAGCACACCGGCAACACACCGACCUCGAGCCGCGUCGGUGACCGCUCAUCCCUCCUCUUCGACGACAAGAAAGAUGCCCCCGUGCCACUAUCUCCCUCCCCCUGGAACAACAGCCGCAAUGAGAACCAGCCUCCCAUCAACAGACCUCGCUCGUCGCAGGGUCAACAGCCCAUGGGCCAGUUCAGCCAGCCUCUGCGCUCGCCCCGUCCCUUCCAGCUGUCGGGCGACACCAACCUGCAAAACACCACCGUCUCUGCACCCAACCAGGAUCCCGCCAUGAACAUUCUCUCGCCUUACAACCCCAACAACAGCUGGGCCUCCAUGGUCAACACACCCAUGCUCCCCAACUUCAACACGCAGCAGCAGAGUGCUGCACAUGCCGAUAUGAUCGCCAACGCCACCGCUAUGAAGCUCGCCGCCCUCUCUACCGUUAACAACCGCAUCCAGCUCGAUGAUGUCAAGAAGUUCCGCCGAACACGCUCGUCUGAAGGCCAGCCUCAGUACCAGCAGCAGCAGAACAUGAACAUUCUCAUGACAAACGAACUUGGCCAAGUCCUAAGCCCUCAGCAGGCCGCUGUUCUCCAGGCCCAGCAGCUCGCUGCCCUCCAAGGAGGCCGCUCUCGGCCCAGCUCUCCCGGCAUCGCCAUCUCUGGUCCUCCUGGCUCCAACAUGAACAACCUGCCCAUGACUCAGAACAACGGAUACCUUUCUACCUAUGAUGCCGGUAUGCUAAGUGCAAACAUGGGCGCCCUCAACAUGGGCAACUUUGGCGUCAUGGGAGGUCACGAAGGUUACCUCUCCGACCACUCUGAGGCUCGUGGUAGAUCACCUCGCGGCAGACGCGGAAGCUCCAAGCCCCCGGAGGAUCCUACCGAUCUCCAGCUCUUGAGUGACAUCCCCAGCUGGUUGCGUAGUCUGAGACUGCACAAGUACACCGACCAACUCAAGGACAUGCGCUGGCAAGAUCUUGUUCAGCUUGAUGAUGACGCUCUCGACAAGAAGGGAGUUAACGCUCUCGGGGCCAGACGAAAGCUCCUCAAGGUCUUCGAGACAGUUAGAGAAGCUCAAGCUGAAGGAAAGGUGUAA